AUGUCAGCGGCCGGGGUCCCAUCGGAGGGACAAGAUGACAGUAACUCAACGAGUGACCGAAUUGAGGGCGCUGUGAGCCCUCCGGCGCCGAAACGGAGACGGGUUGGCCUUGCAUGUUCCGCCUGCCGGAUCCGAAAGUCCAGAUGCAACGGCGUGCGCCCUAAAUGCGACCCCUGCGAUCGCUUAGGAUUCGAGUGCAUCUACGAGCUGCCCGACGCGUCCGCCAACCUACUCGUGCCUCGAGACAUAUUUGCCACCUUGGAAACCAAGGUCAAACUGCUUGAGGCUACUGUCCAACAACAGGACCAGCGCAUCAAAGCCAUCGAGACAUCUAAUGUCAGGAAUGAUCGCCAUGUAGAGUUGCCCGUCGCCCGCCACGAGGCUCCGGCUCCGGGCCCUGGCAUGGCGACCGGCGUCAUUGUCCAUCCCGAAGGCAUUGAAGAUGCCCCCACGGAACAGAGCAUGACUGAUGGCAUGGCACUUUCCUUUGUCAACGAAGAAGACUGCGGGUUCUUUGGCCCGUCUUCAAACAUUGCCUUCAUGCGUCACAUCUUCCGUGCAAUGUCCAAGAAAGGCAUUACGAGCCAGGGUCGGUCGCCCGACUCGCCCUUGAACAUCGGCGCCUACCAGGCCAGCAUGAUAAGCGUGCCACAGCCAGUGUCGUCCUUGUCUGUCCAGGAGCAAAAUGGGGAACUGGAAAAUGCCGUCCAGGCCAACAUUCUGCCGCCGGAAGAGGAGACUGAAAAGCUCAUCCGGUCCUACUUCUCCAACACUGGCCUUCUCUUCCCUUUUAUUCACGAGGACACAUUUCUAGCAACGUAUAACCGCAUGCGGGAUCAGCAUUACCGAGCCAACAUCAGACGGACCUGGCUCGGUCUGCUAAACAUGAUAGUCGCCAUGGCCAUUUGCACGUCGCAGUGGGCUGAAGAUGGUACAGAAUAUCGAACGGACCAGUCAGACGUGUAUUAUCGGAGGGCGCGAGAACUCUGCAAAACGCAGAUGAUGAGAGGCACUACUCUCGAGACCGUGCAGUAUUUAUUGCUCACGAGCCAGUACUUGCAGGGCACGCAGCGAUCGGUCCAGACAUGGACUACCCACGGCUUAGCUGUGAAGGCGGCUUUAUCCAUCGGCCUCCACUCGAGGGACGUGAUGGCUAGAUUUACGCCCAUCGAGCAGGAGAUGAGAAAGCGGACCUGGUUCGGUUGUGUGCUAUUGGAUAGGAGUCUCAGCAUGACGUUUGGGCGGCCGGGUGCUAUUCCGGAGGAGUAUAUCCAGCUGGAUCUUCCCACAAUCAUUCCCUUGGAUAAUGGUACCGAAGCGACUCUUCUAUACAGAGUUCUGUGGAAAAUUGUCGCCACGCUCUAUGGCCAUAACCUUGCCAGCGUAGAGACACCACCCGAGACGUGGAUGAUUACGCAAAUCUUCCAACUGGAGCAAGAACUCAACAACUGGGCCAGCGCAUUACCCAGUCCGUUAUUCUUGCGGAGUUCCACCAACUUACCGGAAGAAGGCGAUGUGCAAGAUGAUGUUCUGGAGCGAUUCAGGGUGGUUCUUUCGCUGCGAUACUUGAGCGUGCAAUUGUUGCUAUACAGGCCGGUGCUGGCUGAUUCCCUCGCUCGCGGAACGAGUGGCGAAAAGCAGCGCUCGGUCAGCAAAGUCCAGGCCAACUUCAACUUCAUGUGCGUGCAGGUCGCAGAGGACAUCAUCAACAUCAUCCACGCCGUUCUCACGAAGCCGGGUCUCGGGCGGCAUCUCAUGGGAGCCUGGUGGUUCACGCUGUAUUAUACUUUCAACGCGGCUUUGGUCCUGUUUGGUAGCCUUUUGGUGCCGAUCCAGGACACGGCGAAUGAUCCCUUCGGGGUGGGGGAGAUCAACCGCACGAAGCAGUACUUGGAAAAGGCUGUCCAGGGCCUCGUCCAGCUUGGGACGCGGAACAUAACCCUCCAUCGGUGCGUCGACUAUCUGAAGCAACUGGUUGGGCUACUUGAUAGUUGGGGUUCAUCGCCCCCUCUUCAUCUGGAUGGGCCAGGUUCGAAUAAUCUCUCCAGCAACGCCGCCCAAGAUGCAAAUCUCUUAUCCGACCUGCUCUCCAGACCUCCAGCGCUGGAAGGGCCUGGGAUGGGCUUUGAAGAUGAUCUCGAGCUUGGGAACUUUUUCACGAGCGAGUUCCAGCGGUGGUUUGACCGGUUCCCGACGUAA